AAAAGGCAGUUUGUUUUCAGAGCUGUAACAUUAUAAAUAGCCACCAUCUUCUGUAUAGCUUAGUCUGUUCAAAUGAAAAGGCUUCCUGUUGUGCACGAGUUGUUUUCACAAUGCAGUACUGAUUUUCAACCACUAGAGUGCUAUAGUGUGUAAUCUAUAACAUGAGCAAUUUUAUACCUGCAUUUUCACUUAAAUUAUAUCUUUUCCAUGAUUCCUGUUCAAGUAGACCAAGAGUUACUUGAAAUCACAAUACAAAGUCUCAGUGAAAUAAUUCCAGAUCACAGUCAUAGCAUAUCUAAUCUACACAUACAGUACGUUAUUUUUCAAGCUUUUUUCCUCAUUACCACAAACUGUCACAAACAGAAGUCUGUGGCAGUUUGUGGUAGUUGUUGAAACUGAAGAAUGAGAACCUGAUACAAUAUCUGUUGUUGAAAGCACUGUCAAAACAAUUGUUCCAUUUGAAGACUGUACAAGAUUGCAAUUGAAAAUGUUUUUCAUAUCUUUCUCAGUCUCAUGCUAACUUUGCUGCACCUUUUAGGCUGGGAGAAACUACACCUUUAUCAUUCUUACUGGUACAAUAUCCAGUGACCUUAUGUAAUAACCAACAUAUAGCUCACCCACCUUCUACCUGUACAGAGGUCUAACCAGCCAGGACAGUGGUCCAUGCCAAUACUAACACAUGAAAGCACAUUCACAAGCCUACAGGAAGCAGACAAGAAAACUACACACUUCACUUUGAAGCCAAGUGUUUCUCACAGUUCACCACAGCCUGUUUGUUGGUACUGCACCUUUAAGAUGGUUUUAGGACCAAUAAUAAUAAACAGAUGUGAGGAAGUUCAAGCUGAUAACUUGUUGGAUUCAGUUUGAAUCAUACUGUUCAUGUCAAAACAUGCAUUUGAAGCAGAAGCUCCACAGAUUAUUAUCAUUUAAUACUAACAAACUGUUUGCCUCAAUGGGUGUUAUCCUUAAAAAUAUUUUCAGACAUAAACCAUCAAAGUAAUAACGUCUUUUCAUGUACAGUAGACCUACAUGCUUCUAGAUAACUUGGUUGCUUUGUUAAUUGCAUUACUCCUCUCAGAUCAUCUGAUUGUAACUGUAAUACUUCAUGGUUGAUCCUAUUUACUUAUUUGUGAUCUUAACAGGCAUUGAACACUAUGGGAAUUUCAUGGCAGACAUUUUCACCUGCCACAACAGGCAGAACACGUGUAACUAACAUUGAUGAUGGCUCACUUCAUUAUUUAUUAUUUUUCUUACAAUUAACCUGAACUGUUAAAUUGAAGUAUUAGUUGUAGAAUCAGAUUUGUAUUUUAUGGAUUCUUUCUCUACUUUGAAUGGAGAUGUUUUCUCCUUUGACUUUUGACCUAUAUUUUUCUGGUUUCUGCCUCUUGAUUUCUUGAUUAUGUGGACAUGGUUUUGUAUCAGGUCUUCCUUAAAUUGGCCUUAAGAUGAUUUGUAACUUCUAGUAUAGGCUGUUAUUGAAAUGCAUUUAAACUAAAUAAACUGUGCUCUAUUUUAGAUUUUCUUUCUCUUUUUUAGGCUAAGAGUCAGAUAAGAUAAGAGUCAAUGGAUUAAAGAUGAUAUGUAUAUUGAUAUGUAUAUUAUGGAAAGUACCUUUUAAAAUGAAUAGGAAGGGAGGAAAUUCUAAAGGUGUCUUAUCUGCAGCUGUACAAUGCAGCACUUUUAUUUCCACAAGUUACGAACUUGUGGAAGAAAUUACUGUGGAAAAAAUUUAGACAGGAUGUGUAAUAUGAAAACAGGCUGCACUGAUAGCAUUGUUCUACUGCAGUAGAAAAUCAGAGGGAGUGAAUUCUUAAAGUGCAUUCAUUCUCUGACCACCUUUGAUUUUAAAUGGUUUAAUUUUUUUUAUUUUUAUCGUGUUUCUGAAGAGAAUAACUGGGAACAAUGUUUUUCAUCCUUCUGGUUGUUUCUUUGAUGAGUUUUCUGUCUGACUUCCAUGUCUCCAGUUGUGAUCUAAAAUGUGCAGAUAAACCUGGGUUCACACCAUCCAGACUGGCAGUGAAGCAUGGUGACCCAACCUCUGCUACCUGCUCUACAUUACAUUCUUAUGACAUUUUUCUGGGACCACUUAUAUUAAACAAAUAUAAAAUUGCAUGGGUAGUUAGCAAAAUUACUGAAGAGGACACAUUUUGGGUGUGCUAUUUUGAUGAUCAUAAUGAUCACCGGUGCUGCACCAGCCUUCCUGUAACUGUGCAUAAGCCUCCAGACACUGUGUCCUUCAGCUUUAGGGAUCACUCUGGACCGUUGUUAGAGGGUCAUCAGUACGCUCUGCAGUGUGAAGUACAGAACGUUGCUCCUGUUGAAAACCUCACUGUGACCUUCUACAGAGGACAGACAGCACUGGGUCAACUACAGUCCAGCAACACAGGGAAGAAACCAGUGACUGAGAUCUUCACUCUGAACAUCAACACCAGUAAAGAAGAUGAUGGAGUCCAGUACUGGUGUGAACCCAAACUGGAGCUGGGACUUAAACGACCACAGCCCCCUCCAGUGGUGACGUCAGCAAAAUUCAGUGCCAUUGUGAACAGUAAUCCUGCCAGUGGGAAUACCCCCAGUACCAGUUCCACACUGAUUCCCAGCUUCAAACCACCAGACAGUGUGUCCAUUGGCUUUAAUUAUGGGCGGAUGCGUAAAUACGGCCAGUGUACUCUGCUGUGUAAAGUACAGAAAGUUGCUCCUGUUGAAAACCUCAGUGUGACCUUCUACAGAGGACAGACAGCACUGGGUCAACUACAGUCCAACAACACAGAGAAGAAACCAGUGACUGAGAUCUUCACUCUGAACAUCAACAACGGAAAAGAGGAUGAUGGAGUCCAGUACUGGUGUGAAGCCAAGCUGGAACUGGGACCUAAAGGACCACAGCCCCCUCUAGUGGUAACAUCAGAAAAAUUCAGCUCCCCUUGGACCAUACCCAGUACCAGUUCAACACCUAUUCCCAGCUUCAAACCACCAGACAGUGUGUCCAUCGGCUUUAAUUAUGGCCGGAUGCUUAAAUACAGGCAGUACACUCUGCUGUGUAAAGUACAGAAAGUUGCUCCUGUUGAAAACCUCACUGUGACCUUCUACGGAGGACAGACAGCACUGGGUCAACUACAGUCCAACAACACAGAGAAGAAACCAGUGACUGAGAUCUUCACUCUGAACAUCAACACCAAAAAAGAAGAUGAUGGAGUCCAGUACUGGUGUGAAGCCAAGCUGGAACUGAGACCUGAAGGACCACAGCCCCCUCUAGUGCUGACAUCAGAAAAAUUCAGUUCCCCUUGGACCAUACCCAGUACCAGUUCAACACCUAUUCCCAGCUUCAAGGACAGACAGCACUGGGUCAACUACAGUCCAACAACACAGAGAAGAAACCAGUGACUGAGAUCUUCACUCUGAGCAUCAACACCAGAAAAGAGGAUGAUGGAGUCCAGUAGUGGUGUGAAGCCAAACUUGAACUGGAACCUGAAGGACCACAGCCCCUACAAUGGUGAGAGAUGGUGAGAUGGUCAGAAAAAUUCAAUGCCAUUGUGAACAGUACUCCUGCACCUAGGACUACCCCCAGUACCGGUUCCACACCAACUUCCAGAUUCAGUAUGUGCUUCAUCCUUUUAUUAUUCUCUCUGGUUUGAGUUCAUUCACAGAGUUUUUUAAGAGGCAGUUUGUUUUCAGAGCUGUAACAUUAUAAAUAGCCACCAUCUUCUGUAUAGCCUAAUCUGUUCUUCAAAUGAAAAGGCUUCCUGUUCCUGUGUAUGAGUAGUUUUCACAAUGCAGUACUGAUUUUCAACCACUAGAGUGCUAUAGUGUGUAAUCUAUAACAUGAGCAAUGGUUUAAAUAACAGUAAUGGCUUUUAUACAUGCAUUUCCAAAUGUUUUAAUCGUGCUUCUGAAGAGAAUAACU